GCGGAUUUUAUUCGACCGCCGUCACGUCGUGUCAAGAAAAUCUCCCUUCCUGUCUAUUCGUUUAUUCCGUGUUCAUCGUGGAGUGAAUCCUGGAUCCAGCAGCACAACAGCGCAAUAUAUGUGUAUAUAUAUAUGUCGCUCGCUUCAGCUCCGUUUGUCACCCAAGGAUUCUCACGUCAUCAUCCCCCGUGGCCUUCUCCGUGUAUUCCUUGCUUUGCCAUCUGUAAUUCUAACUAACCACUUGACUCGUUGUCGUCGUCCUUCCUGGGAUUUUACCAACGCCGUGCAACCAUCACUCACAUCUCAUUUCCCCCUUCGAUCGACCCCUUCUGUCAAGUGCCCUUUGUAUUUAGCGGACCCUGCGCCAUACCAGAAGAACCAACCACCCUAAUAGUUGCAUUAUUAGGUACAAAGGAGCCUUCGCCCCCGCCCGACACUCACAAAUCCUCGUCCAAACCGGAGUUUCUCUCUAGACUGACCCACCUUUCUUCUGGUCCAUUCGGGCUGCAGUCCGGGCCAACCCUUCUACCGUCGCUGUUCUAGCCCUCUUGUGGCCUGAGACUCUGUGCCUGACUAACAUUUCCACCCACCCAUCCCGAUUCCCGAGUUCCCGAGUCUCUGAGUCUGGUGGACGUCAGAGAUACGGAGAAAAACCAGGCGGAGCCACUCUCACUUACUCACUUACUUUUCUUAGUCACACAUACUCCAUGCCAAGUCGUUGCGGUGUGCCUCCCCGACCCGACGACUCACUUGGUGGAUGGGGAGUCCUGCCGUCCCCGUGUGCAAGAGGCAUGCCAUGUACGAUUUGCACUCCUACGGACGGACGAGAGGGAACGACGACUACAACAAGUUGGGAUCAAUAGCACUUUGGGCUGCCAAGAGGAAGACGGAGGAUCCAGAGUUGGUGGUGCUCCAGUACUUGUGCUUCGCCUGGUGGUUGAACAAGGGAAGGUAGAGAUGGUUCAAGUGAUCAAGCCAAAGAUAAUCAAGGGAUGAGGGAUGCUGAAAACGGAUUUCCUUCCUCAUCAACAGCAUCAGCAUCCACCACCAGUGUGCAUUGUGUGCUACCUCGUUCCUCGUUUUCGCCAUUUCUGGAAUUUCUGGUCCAGGAAGUGAGACAAGUGGAAAGUGCGACUGUUCGUUGUUCACGAAAAUGAUGCUUCAGUUCGUGCCUCCUCUGUCGUCUUGACCUUGUGCCCAAUUCUCACGUCAAACAGACUUUUGGGGGAGGAAAAUAGGGCGAGAUUGGAAAAUACCUCGGAACGAGUACAACGAGCGAACAUUAGAACAAACAAAAAAUCACUUACCGUCUUCAAAAUGUCAGAUCUGUCCAGAAAUCAUAAUAACAAUUUGAAUAUGCUCACCUUCUGGAGAGUACUAGUGCUUUUCGGCCAGCUUCGUGGUUCCUGGGGAGCCCAUUUUGGGCCUCCGGACCUCGAUGACCGGGAUAGGAUCCUGAGUAACGGUCUCACGGCCUCCUACCGGAUGGCCUACUUAAAUAUAUCCUAUUUGGACUCUGAGCGAAAGCUUUGGCACACGGAACGAACCGAAACGGGUCGUUACAGUAGUGCGGGCAUCCGCGAGGCCACGGGCGUGGCCGUGGAGGUUCUGUCCAGCAACCCAGUGUCCGGGUCCAAUCCGGAAGCAUUUGAUCAAAGUGCGUGCGAUCCCCCGUUUCAGCAUGAUAAGCUCCCGCCGCAUGGCGACCCGUGGAUCGCGAUCGUCAAGCGAGGCAAGUGUACCUUCAACAAGAAGAUCUCCAACAUUCUGGCUUUGGGAGCGGCUGGAAUCUUGGUCUAUGAUAACGAGGAGGGCGGUUCCCUUCAGUCCAUGAAAGUAGAGACCUUCUCCAUCCCGUCUGUGUUCACGUAUCAUUGGAAAGGCCAGGAGAUCUUGGAUCUCAUGAGUAAGAUCGAUAAGGUCUACAUCACCCUCCAAGAGGGCUCAUUAUGUCGCUCCUCGAGGGGCAACCAAAAUUCUUCUACCAUCUACUGCACGCCUCCCUUGUCUUGGGACGACAUUGCGUACAUCUUCAACAAGCAACGCGAAGACAAUCCGUUCCUGAAUUGGAACAUGACCCUCCAGGAUAACGAUAUCUUCUUCAUCGAGAAGCGGACGUCUGUGCUCCUCGUGUCCGUGUCUUUCAUCGUCCUCAUGAUCAUCUCGUUGGCCUGGCUGAUAUUCUACUACAUCCAGAGAUUCCGAUACAUCCAUGCCAAAGACCAACUGGAACGGAAACUUUGCUCUCAGGCCAAACGGGCUCUUUCCAUCAUAUCCACCAGUGUGCUCAAAAAAGAUGACUUGGAGAUGAAAGACUUCUCCGAGACGUGUGCCGUCUGCAUCGAAAACUAUCGCGUGGCUGAUGUGGUGAGGAUCCUCCCGUGUAAGCACCAAUUCCACAAGACCUGUAUCGACCAAUGGCUCCUCGAGAAGCGGACUUGUCCCAUGUGCAAAAUGGAUAUCCUCAAGCACUACGGUCUUGUGGAUGACGGCAAUAGCUCCGACCAGGAGGACGCUGUCAUUAGUUUGGCUUGAAGGAAACAAAAUCUCAAACAGAAGCAAAAGUCAUUCAUUGGUCUCUCAUCAAUACAUCAAUAUCCUCAUAAACCAUUCCCUACCACGUCGUCAAGAGAUUACGAUCAUAAUCAUGAUUAUUAUUGUUACUACUACUACUACUAUUACUACUACUACCACCACCACCGUCUGUUACUCAACCUCAUGAAACUCCAGUUCCUUGGAAUCCAUAUUCCGACAAGGUAAACCCGAAUACUCAGGACUCUCACAAAUCGCCAAUUGGGCAGUCCCGAACCGCAAAAAAUCGUCAAUGGGCAAGAAAAAGGCACUUUACCGGGAGGACGACUACUAUCAUCUCUCAAUCUCCAGUGAACUUCCGUUGUUGUCGUGGUCGUUACACACGGUUUACGUUGUGUUGUUGCCGUUGCUCACUUAAAAGGCCUCUACGUACAAGCAAGACUGACGACGGACGGAUUCACGAUCGGGUGGACAUAGGUACACACAGACACGCACACACACAGUCACACACACACACUCACAGUCAGUCAUUCAAGGUUGCAUGAUUUCCAAGGAUUUGGUGUAGAAUUUUCAGAAAAUUCUUUAUCACGCUUGUCACAUGUGAAACGUGGGACUUGCUUGUAGAUUAACAAUAUUCCAAUUUAAGGGGACCGUUUGGAAGUCCACUUUGUCAGCCAAUGUCGAAAUCGAUCGCCUUUUAAUUAAGCCGGCCUCCACGACAAACUUUCGUGUCACCUAGCAUUUAUUUGUGAUGCACACGAAAUGCACACGGAAUCCUCGCCCUUUCCUUCGCAAUGCCGAGGAAGAUCUGGAGAGACGGCGGAAAAGAAACACACCAUGUGGGAUGAAAAAGAAUCAAUAAAUCACAAGAGAGCCGAAUAAUUGGUUUCUUUUUUGUGUGAUUUAAGGGGCAUUUCCCGAGUUUAGUCGAAAAAAAUGUCUGUGCCAUUCAUGCAGGUUGCAAUCAGACAUCGUUUGUCUUCCUUUGGGUGAACAAGAGCCCCCUUAACUACAGACAUCCUAUCGUUUCUUCAUUACUGCUGGCCUUUGUUCUGUUCCGGAGAUUGUUUGAUGCCUCAUCGAAAAAUUUCAGUAUUCCAUUUAUGUUAAAAAUAAACGAACAUCCUCUGUUCUGGUUCUUAA